AUGGCACCACCCAAAGGUCGCUCGCUCGCUGAUCAGCUUGCUGAUCUGGAAGAUCCAACACCAAAAGACUUCGAUCCCGAAGAUCUUGACGACGGGGCUGGAUCAUCCGACGACGAGGGCAAAAAAAGAUUCGAAUCUGAAAAGGGCAAGCUGCGCAAGCCCGAACCCGUUAAUCUGGGAAAGCAAUACGCCGGAACGCAAGUUAGUCGAGAUACUCUAGACGCGGAAAGUGAUGAGGAUCCAUUUGGGGCACGUACCGACGAAGACGAAGACGAGGACGAGGACUCGCCAGAAGAGCUCGAAUCUGGCUCUGAGGAUGGCGGCGCGCUCCACAACCGCGAAGAGGCCAGCCUCGACCGUGAUGCGUUCUCGGACGACGAUUCGGAGGAAGUCGACGAAGAUGAAGAGUCCGACGACGACGAAGAGGACGAGGUCGCCCCAGUCCGCCAUUCUGGAGCUGGGCGUAAAUCAGCUCCGGCCACGGAGGAUCGGGAGGAGUUACGCAGGUUGAUGGCUACUGAUCAGAAAACAAUUGCCGCUACAAUUUCGCAGGCAGCGAAAGCUGAUGCCGCGAAAGGAAAGGCUGUGAAGGAGCAACGUAAGACCUUUGAUGCCCUUCUGAACACGCGAAUCAAGCUGCAAAAGGGACUGGGAGUCAUCAAUGAACUUGGUGGGAAGAAAGAAACGGGCGAGGAGGGUGAAGAAAUCUCAGAUGAGGAUUCGAGUGUUGAGGCCAUCAAAUCAGCAGAAUCAGCAGCCCUCGCGCUUUGGUCUACUUUGGAACAACUACGCAGCGCCCUCGCCAAUGCCCAAACUAAGGAUGAAUCCAAAAAGCGCAAAAGGCCAUCUCCUGUCGAAGCUACGAUUCAAUCUUCUCAGCUUUGGGAGAGAAUGGUCGAUCUCGAGUCUGACGCACUUGUCUCUCGUCGCGCUACUCUGGAUAAAUGGUCCUCAAAAGUGAGGGGAACGUCUUCAUCUGCCCCUCAAGCACGAGGAAAGCUACUUGGUUCUUCGGCUGGUCAACAAACCAUCACUGCAGUCCUCGACGCCAACGUUGCCACCGAGUUGGGUGACCGCCCCUCGAAGCGUUCUCGCCAGAAUGGUUUAUCAAACGGCACUGGUCCCGAACCUGUCUAUGACGACACUGUGUUCUACCAAUCUCUCCUGCGUGACCUCCCUCCAACAACUUCCAUCCCGCCUCCCCUUCACCAUGUCACCGGCAUGCGCAACGAUAAAAACAGAAGAGAAAACGUCGACACACGUGCCUCAAAGGGUCGCAAGAUGCGAUUUAAUGUCCACGAGAAGCUCCAGAAUUUCAUGGCCCCGGAGGACCGCGGUUCUUGGACAAGUAAGGCUCGAGAGGAGUUCUUUGCUUCCCUACUUGGCAAAACUGCUAGCGGACUACUGGGUGAAGGUGAUGAUAGUGGAAGUGACGAGGAGAGUGAUGAAGACCGCGAGGAAGGUGGCCUGAAGCUGUUCCGGAACUAA